AUGGCAAGCCUACUUCCCUCCGGCGGCGGCGGCGGCGACGAGUCUACCGAGAUCGGACACCUCCCGGACUGCCUCCUCACCACCAUCCUCUCCCUCCUCCCCCUCGACGUCGCGGCGCGCACCACCGCUCUCUCCCGCCGCUGGCCCAACCUCUGGCUCUCCGCCCCGCUCCGCCUCCGCGACUCCGAUCUCCCCUCCCCUUCCCCGCAUCGCUCCGCCGCCAUCUCCAGCAUCCUCGCCUCCCACCGUGGCGACGCCGUGCUGUUCCAUCUCGCCUCGACUCGCCCGUCCCCCGCCGAGCUCGACUCCUGGCUCCGAGUCCUCGCCGCCAGGCGCCUCCGGGAGCUCCUCCUUCAGCCGCCGUCCGAGCCCCUGCCCCUCCCACCGUCCCUCCUCGCCUGCCGCUCCCUCCGCUCCGCCGACCUCACCAACUGCCGCCUACCCGCCGCGGCCGCCUCCUUCCCCCACCUGCACGAGCUCACCCUCCGCUACGCCUUCGCCUCCUCCGCCGCGCUCCACGGCCUGCUCGCCGGCUGCCCAGCGCUCGCCAGCCUCUCGCUCGACCGUGUCUUCGGCUGCCGGAGCCUCCUCGUGCGCUCCAGGAGCCUGCGCAGCCUGACGGUGUCGGUCUCCUUGCGACGGCGGGAGGAGGUCGGCGAUGAGCUGCAGGACCUCCUCGUGGAGGAUGCGCCCCUCCUGGAGAGGCUACUCGGGCACGACAUCAACUGGGGGCCAUCGAUGCACGUCCUCCACGCGCCGAGGCUGGAGAUCCUCGGCUACUUGGGCAUGGGCAUCCCAUCGCUGCAGAUCGGGGCAGCCUUGUUUCGCUCGAUGCGCGCCGUUAGACCCGCGGCGGAGUUCCCAAGUGUGAAAAUGCUGGCGCUAGAAAUGGUUGAUCCGCAGGUGAAGCCUGUGGUCGACUUCCUCCGGUGCUUCCCCUGCUUGGAGACACUCUAUAUCACGUCACAUAUGGUUGUGCCAAGGAGCAUGGAAACAUUGAAGUGCGAUAACAUGGACUAUUCCAUUGAAUGCCUCAACCAUCACCUCAAGAAAGUGGUGCUUGCAGGAUAUGAAGGGCGAAGGCGCGAACUUCAGCUUGCGACGUUUCUUGUUUCCAAGGCAAGAGUCCUACAGGUUAUGAAAUUUUUAUGUGCAAAUGAUUGCAAACCAUCAUGGUUGACUAGCCAGAAAAGGCGGUUGUGCUUGGACAGUAGGCUAUCUUUAGAUGCCCAGGUGCUAUUCGAGGUUUACAAGAAAGGCCAUGCUAGGUUCCGGAAGCAUGCUAGUAACAUAACUUUAGUUGAUCCUUUUGAUGUAUAAACCUGAUUGGUAAUAUGGCAUUAUUUUCAUUGCUUGUUUGAUGGCAUCUACAUCCCAGAGAAUUAUAUGUUUUGGAACAGUAUGAAGCUUGCUGCGACAAUGACUAGUUCUGUUAAAUGAAGUUUAAUUGCAUUAGUCAAAAUCCUAGUAAAACUAUAAUUACUUACACUGAUGACCGUUUUAUGGAUGUAAUGAAUUAACCCAAUGGACUAACUAAUUAAUGAAAGAAUGUGUUUCCUUGCAAUGUGCAUUAUUUCAAAAGCAUGUAUGCGCUGAAAUUAGUUCACUUUAUUAUGUUUUUUCUUCUAGACAUUCCUUACAUUAUCCUAAUAUAGCUCGUUUUUUUUCCUUUUUUGCUGGGAGGGCCCUGGAAAGGCCAACCAAAUUCAUUAAGGUAGAAAGCAUGUACAGGUGUAGUGGCAACUCAGCGUAGGAGCGGAGUCUGGUCAUACAGCCAUAACUAGGAGAGUUAAAUGUGUGGGGGGUGGGGGGGCGGGCAACUGAAGAACUCGAACGAGUGGACUACUCCUCAUAAUGUAUAAGGAGCCACAAGCAGACUUCAUCGCUGAAGAGCUGCGGCACCGACCUACAGCGACUGUAAAAGAUACGUGUGUUGCGUUCCUUCCAAAUCAUCCAGAUGACCAGGAGAAAAGCAGAGUUGAAGGGAUUUCUUGUAGCUCGUCCGGUAACGUAGGUGUGUCUUGAUCCACCAUUCGUCUAGGGGCAUGUCCAACUUGCUGGGACACUGGAAUGAAACAUUUGCCCAGCUCUGCUAAUACCUCCAGACUCUGUUUGACAAGGCGCAGUGAUGGAACAGAUGGUCGCAGGUCUUGUCCGCUGCAAAACAGAGGGCACAUCUUGGCUGGCAGGGUCAGCCUCUUUUCUGCAGAUUAUCAGCAUGAGAAAACGGCCUUGGAUCGCCAACGGCCAUGAGAAAGCUCAGUAAAAUUUCAUCAUUCCUACUUUGUUGCUCUUCUCUUGGUAUUAGUUGUUGCUUUUGGUAUUGUAUCUGCUAUCUCUUAUCAUUUUGAAUGGCUAAUUGGUAGUAUUGGUAACUACCUAUCAUUUUUUUUUGUUGUGAAGGUAGACAUAAUUCACUUAAUUGCAUGUCAUGCCAUAUAUUUUGCAAUAUCCACCAAAUUGUCAGGAUUUAUUGUACCCACACUC